AUGUUUGCUGCUAUGGAAAGUGCUGGAUUGGAAGAGAUUGACGGGAAAAGUGAUGAGAGGCCCAUCCAUCUUGCUGGUACAACAUGGGAGAUGUUUGAAUUAUUCCUUGAACAUACCUUUGGCAGAGCAUGCGCCGGUCAAUACACCCUUGAAGAAUUGUCAAACUUUCUCCAUUUCUGCGAUAUGUACCAAUGCUCGCACAUGCGGAAAUUUGUGGUUUCAUGCAUUCAAUCUACUCAAUAUCAUUUCCACCCUGCUCAGCUCAUUAACCUUGCCAUACAGUAUAAUACGGGUGCAAUUUUCCCAUUCACCUUCAAGCAACUCGUCAACACUCCCAUUACCCAAUUGACUGCACAACACUGGCAACUCUUAGGGAACAAUGUAUUUACAAGCUUGGUCUAUGUGCAAGCAGCUCUUGAAGAACAUCGUCGUAUUGUGGCUGCGGAGGAGCCCAAAAUUUUGAUCCACACUAGCGACUGCCAAGAUCCAGUUGGCUGUAACAAGGACUGGCACGCUAUCUGGUGGAAUGGCAUGGCUCAUUUCCUUCUCGAUGGACGAAACCCACAACCAUAUUGUGAAGCUGUCAAACACUUCAAAGAUUUGCAGUUCGGGCGUGUUAGUGGAGGGUGCAAGGAACUGAUGUUCAAGAUCAUUGAGCAGGGAGCCGCAUUUAACCACGCAGAGCAAUUUGUCGAAGAAGCUUGUGACCGUCUCGCUGAAAAAUUAAUUUCUGAUUCAUCAUUAUAA